AUGACACAGAAAAAUCUUGUGUUGAAAAUGUUAAUGAAGUAUAUAAUUUCAACUAAUAAAAGUGUCUUCACGGUCAAAGACUGCUUAUUGUCCUCUUAUGUUUUCGUGGCACAGUUAAGCUUGUGUAUUCCAAAUGCGAUCAAAUUUCCUACUUAUCGCCAGUAUCGUUAUGCUCAUGCUUUAAACCACCAGGUUGCGAAAUUAAAGACACGCUCGAAAUGUUUUCAGCAAGCCACACUAUGUGCUGAGUUAAACUGUCCAUCACUUCCUCACGUAAAAGAAUGGGCUAGAAAACACUCUCCUGUUAUUACUCCUAAUUGGAAGGCGUCUUGUUCGCUUCAGCCUACAGGGUCUAUGUUCCGUGGGAAUGAGUAUGCUGUAUUUUUAUACAAUUCUUCAUUCGGCAUACGAAUUUCUCGAACAAGUUUGUUAGAAAAGUCUUCAACUCCAAGGUCUGUGCUGAGAAAGUCGUUUACACGUAGUCCUUGCGGAGCGUCUUGUCACAUUCAAAGCACUAAAUUGGUUCUGAUCUCAGUGCACUUAAAAGCAAGUGGUUUACGAAAUAGUCAAAUUGGGCAAACUAUUUCAGAAAUUCAAUCUCUCGGUUAUCUAGUUCAAGCCUUUUACGAGACCCAACCCAGUGGAACGCAUCUCAUCAUAGCCGGUGAUUUCAAUCUCUUUCCCACACAUGAGGUUUAUCGUGCUCUGUAUGAUCAUGGAUUGUGGCCGGUUCUAGACGGUGAACAGCGAACAUCUGUAAGUCGUUCCAAAGGUGGAUAUAAUAAUAUCAAGGCAUAUGACAACGCAUGGCUUUCUGCCGAUUUAUCUUUGACUUCUGACUCCGGUGCUUGCUGGACAGGUGAUUCAGGUGUAAUUGUAAAAGGACUGAGACAUCCUUUGAUACCAGAGGAAACUGGUGGUGCCAACGGUUUUGUCAGUGAUCACGCUCCCAUAUGGUUUGAUAUCCGUGUACAAUAA